UAAACAAAAAAAGAAGCAGUCGAAUCGCCCAAAUAUUGAGCUUAUUUCGACGAAAGAGGUGCAUAGUGACCUAUUAUUGUGGAACGGAGGUAGUAUAUAUCAUCUAUUGCCGAUUAUUUUAAAAAUAUCUUUCAUUGAAUACUAAUUCGGCAAGCAAGGCACUGAAUUGGCUAGUACGACGGUGCACUCCUGGGGUUUGUUUUUCCUUUUUCCUUCUUUAGGUUCCAUAAGGGUUCGUUCCCCUUUUGGCGCAACAUCUCCAGUUGAUUCCACAUCGGUGAGAAUUGUACAGUCCGAAUCUAUCUCCGAUUCGAAUCGAAAUCUUUCCGGUUGCAUCGUUUUUCAUUGAGCAAUUCAUAUCUCCUAAAAUAACUAUAUUUGAAAACCAAAGAUGGAAGCCGACAAUGAUAAGGACGACCCCUCGGUUGAAACAACAACUAGGAGCCAAGACGAACAGCAGCUAGAUCAUGAACUGAAAGAUGUUGAAGGAAACAAAAACAUAAUGCCACGGUCAAAGGACAUAAUUUCUGGUAACUACGGACACAGGAAACUCGCGCCCGAAAACCAUGGAAGUAUAUUCUGGGAUUGUUUCGUCCGCUCCUUGUCUCCUCUCCACGCGGGAGGCCAGUUGACGAAGUACGAGAAAAGCUUACUCGCUGAUAUGAUGAUGGCGUGUGUUAAAAAAAUGGGAAUGCGUUUCGUAAAAAGAAUAAGAGACGAAUCGCAGAGCACAGGGAAGGAAAAAUUGCAGAGUCAGGAAGGUCAUAGAAGCGUUUGGUGUGAGUUAAGAACUUUUAACGCGAGAUCCAAGACCUUGAACGACCUUCGUCGUUACCCAGAUUAUAAAUGGAAAACGCUACAUUUAGAAAGAGGGGAUAGCUCCAACAUUGUAGCCUCCGCCAAAGCUACAGCUUCAAUUGUUGCUGAAACGAUACUCUCAAGCAAAGCAAAACGAAUAAACGAAGCAAUAUCCGUCCAUGAAAAGAAAGACUUCAGGAAAAGCGUUUUGGACCUUGAUGAGAAGAAGGAAUAUUAUCAAUACCGUUUCGCUAUGAAUGCGGUGGAAAAACACAUACCAGAAAACGGGAUUUUUGAUGCCUUCGACGAGAAGAGCAAUCUUAGGAGUAACAACUGUACCAAUUACGUUCGUGCAGAGAGCGACAAUGAAACAGAUAUCUUUGUCGCUCCUGGUAUCGCUACUGACAUGGUUCUCGGACAGUCGCUCAUAAUGACGCAAGAUCAUCGCUGUCAACAGCGUUGGCUUCGGGAAGAACACGCCAAAGCUAGGAGAGAAAAGUUGCAACACGACAACGAUCUCUACUGCGCACUCUUUAAAAAUGUUUUCGCUGUUCCAAACCAGGAGUUGAAACCCUAUUGGUGUCGGGAUGCGUGACGCCUUAAAAUUUCCUAAUCGAACUCCAACGCGCUGUAACACUGGAAGUUUUUUGGCAGCAUUCCUUGACCAUCGGAUUCUUGUUCUCUUUCCCCUACUGUAUCUCUCAACUAGAAAGUGUACCAAACACGCGGAACUACUAGGAGAUUCAUCAACCGCUAGCCUCUCAAUAAACGUUAAUAUACCGUAUCUACUUUAGAGGAUUAAAUCAUGCCUGCCUGGUUUCCUGCUCGUCCUAAGACUAUUUGAAUGGAAACGGACCAUCAACUCCCACCACAUGCGAGUUCUGACUUUGUGCGACGAAGUUUUUUUGUAAUAUAAUUUGAACGAAUCGAUUGCUUUCUCAGCGCAAAACAGACUGCUAGCUGCCCAGGCGCGGUGCCAUCGCAGCAAAAGCAUGUCGUGAAAUUGUUCUUCCUCGGUGUGAUUCUCGGUGUAACGAUSCACCCACAAAGCGGGUGUGCGCUGGUGUGCAUCGUUGCCAUUUCCGUCGACAGAGUCCAACGCAACCCGAGCCGAACAAAACGAGAUCCAGCACCGGUGGCAAUGGUCAAGGGGCAGUGGCAGUGAAACGGUACGCAUGCGCAUGAGUCGAGUCGAGUCGAGUCGGCUCUUUUGGUCUGGGUGUUGGGCGGUGCUUGCACGUGGAUGAAACGCAGCUCAAAAGCAAUGCAUACAGUGCGAUGCAUGCAUCCAUUGGUGCCUAAGUCCUUCGGUCGGGCCACGAACGAGCUGCUCGCCUUCCAUCCGUUUCAUGCGUCCACUCCCCAAAUUGAUUCCUCUCGUUUUGCUCGCUCCCCUCUGGAACAUAUUUGGUAGACACCGCUUCGACACCAAGUGCUUUGUUCUGCCUGUCAUUUUCACUGGCAAAAGUCCGGAUCGGUUGCGAUCAAAAGCAUCGCAUCAAACUCCCUUGCUGCCUAGAUCCUAUUUGUGACUUGC